AUGCCUUUGAGAGGAUCAGGCCACUCAAAUGCUGUGCUGGACGAUGCCCCAUAUUUCACAUCCCUGGCUGAACUGGAUGUGUGGGCCUCAAAACCUUCCGCGAAACUUACUUCCGUAAUACCCUACCACUCAAGGAGUCAGGAUUUAUCUGCCGAUGGCCAAGGUCGACUUCUGGUGUGUCAUGAUUACAAGGGUGGUUAUACCGAGGCGCCUUCGAAGCUCGCGUAUACUUUCAAUUUCUGGUCCCGAUGUGACACAUUCAUCUACUACAGCAGGGAGAGUAGCUUCUCCCAUCAUCGUGUAACGAUACCCCCAUCCGGCUGGAUAAACGCUGCCCAUCGACAGGGUGUAAAGAUGCUUGGCACCUUGAUUUUCGAAGGAUCUGGACAGUCGGAUUGCUUGCGACUCCUGGUCGGACUCCUACCCCAGGCGGGCCCUGGGAUGCGAUCUUCGGACACAUCACUACCUCUGUCCCCUCACUACGCACGUUUGCUUGCAACUUUGGCAUACCAACGAGGAUUUGAUGGAUACUUGCUAAACAUAGAAUGUCCUCUCAUUGGGAAUGUAGAACAGACACAAGUGCUGGCGGCGUGGAUAUCCUUACUGGAGGGCGAACUGAGACGUCAGGUUGGAACCCAUGCGCAAGUGAUAUGGUACGACAGCGUGGUUGUGACGGGGGAUCUUCGGUGGCAAAACAGGUUGAAUAACUACAACCUUCCGUUCUUCCUUCCAUCGACUGGUUUCUUUACCAACUACACAUGGCCGCCCCACUAUCCCUCUCGUACAGCACAAUAUUUCCUUUCUCUAGAUCCUGCAUUGAUAUCACGUCCGAAAUCCCUUCAGGAUAUUUUCGUCGGAGUUGACGUAUGGGGACGAGGCCAGCACGGUGGCGGCGGAUUCGGCUCGUAUCGGGCCAUCACGCACAUCGACCCUAAGUCACUCGGUCUCAGUGUCGCUCUAUUUGGGCAGGCUUGGACUUGGGAGACAGAACAAGAUAAGCCAGGAUUCACUUGGGAGACUUGGUGGGACUAUGAGCGGAAGCUAUGGGUCGGGCCUCCAGAUGCUACCGAUACUGUGGUGGUUCCUCCUGAGCAAUUGCAGAGCGGCCGCCCUGGAUGCGACCAUGGGAAGUUUGCGCCCAUUGUUUCCUUCUUCCCUGGAAGGUCUCCACCCAACCCCACUGAGCUGCCUUUUCUAACGUGGUUCUCCCCUGGAGUCGGCCGGGCGUGGUUCAUCAAUGGUAUGAAAAUCUUGGAAGCGCACGAAGGAUGGACGGACCUGGAUAAGACCACCUCACUCGGCGAUAUGCUAUGGCCACGUCCUCCCGCGGAAUGGGAAGAUGGCCGUAAGGAACCAUUGCCGGAAGUGAUAGCUUCUCUUCUUAUGGACGACGCAUGGCUGGGAGGGAGUUCUGUGAAUCUAGCACUAUCUAUCUCCGGAUCUGAGGCUGAAGAUGCCUUCUUUCGAUGCAUUUGGGUACCCAUCCAGUCUCUAUCCGUCACUCCUGGACUGUUAUAUGACAUGACAUUGACAUAUAAAGCGACGUCCGAUAGGCCAGUAGAUUUCGAUCUAGGCUUGUCGGUGAGAUUAUCCGGCGAGGGCGCCGGAUCAGACAGAGUUGAAAUUACCCCGCUCGCUCUUGAAGGACCCUCUACACAGCACGACUGGACGCGCAUGGCUAUUACUUUCAAAAUUCCACUUGACUCACUAGCUGAUGUAUCCGUAUCAUCUGGUCUUUUAGUUGGUUUUGCGAUGGAAGAUCCGACGGAAGCCAUACAUAUUGACGUUCACUUGGGUCUGCUUUCUGUACAUCCAACUUCGAUGCCCUCGAGCCGGUCUAUCCAUAACGCUAGAAUUCUUUGGGCAGAUUUCCAACGAGAACCUGUACAUACCCACCGCUUCUCAGGAACAUUGACUUGGCAGAUUGCUGCGACUCUCUCGCCCUUGAACAACAUUCCAAUUUCGAGAGACAGUGAAAACAUCGAACCACUUUGGAAGCCGGCAGCCUUGUUCCCUUCGUUCGCGCAUUUCAACGUCUAUGUUCAGCCUUACCCAGUAGACGGAAGGGUGCACAGUCCUGAUGAAGCGACAUUUAUCGGGACCACCGGCCUGGACGGAAGGGAGCAUAGAUUUUAUGUGGACCCGGCAUGCCUACCUCCAAGUCUCUCAGAGGCGCGAGUGGCGCGCUUUUACGUUCAAGGAGUGACUGACCGUGGACACGUCUUAAGCUGGGACCGAUGCGCAUACGUAGAUGUCAGAGUAUGA